AUGGAGUCCUUCGACCUCUCCGACUCCACCGACUGGCUCGGCACGCCGCUGUCCCUCCUCACGCCGCUCGAGUCCGCCCUCCGAUGCCAAGUCUGCAAGGACUUCUUCGAUAACCCGGUCAUUACGUCCUGCAGUCAUACGUUCUGCUCGCUGUGUAUUCGACGGUGUCUGAGCACGGAGGGGAAAUGCCCCGCUUGUCGCAGCGGGGAUCAGGAGCUGAAGCUGCGACGGAAUUGGGCUGUCCAGGAACUGGUCGACGCGUUUCAGGCUGCGCGGCCGAGUGUGUUGGAUCUGGCGAGGAAGGCUGUUGCCGCGGAGGGCGACGAUGAUGGUGAAGGGGAGGGCCCCGUCGCGAAGAAGAGGAAGGUCGUUGCUCGCGAUGAGGAACGGUUGGUGGCGGAUGGUGCGGCGGCGGCGGCAUCGGAGGGAAGACAGACUCGGUCGCGGAGUAGAGGGGUUACUACUGCGCCGUCAGAGGAAGUGACUAUGCCUGUGACGGAGGUCAUUGAUGAUAGUCAAGAUGAGGAGUUUCUUCCCGAUGAUGGAAUGGUGGCGUGUCCUUGCUGCAGUCGGAGGAUGAAAAACGAUGUCGUGUUUCAGCAUCUGGAUAUAUGUACAGGAAAAUCGGCUCCUCCAAAGCCAGUCUCAUUUGGACCAUUAAAAGCCCAGUCAUCCCAGUCGACGACGACGAAGCCACCCGAGAGACUCCCCACGAUUAACUACUCGCUAUUGAAAGACAACGUGUUGCGGAAAAAACUCAAAGAUCUGGGUAUACCGAAUUGGGGCCCGCGCGCCCUUCUACAAAAACGCCACACGGAAUAUAUGAAUCUAUGGAAUGCCAACUGCGACUCUAAAUCACCAAAAUCAAAGAGGGAACUCCUGCAUGAAUUGGCCGUCUGGGAGCGGACCCAGGGCGGCAAUGCGACCUCUGCUGAUUCCGGGAAUGCGGUCAUGCGCAAAGACUUCGAUGCGACGGCCUGGUCGACAAGCCAUGACACCGACUUCAAACAAUUGAUCGCCAACGCACGGAAGCGGGGCGAUAUGAUGGUCAGAUCAACGAUACCCCAAGCGGCUGCUCACUCGAGCGAAUCGAAUGGGCCCGCCCCGCUGGAACAGCCGGUAGUAUCUCCCAUUGCAACAGGAAACGAGCCGGGACGCGCCAAUGCCCCAGUAGAUCUCACCGUGGCAGACCCGGUUGGCGAGGCCCAGGGUCCCAGUAAUAGCCAGAUUUCCAACGCUCCCCUCGGCUAA